AUGGGCAGCCGCAACAAAGCGGUCUCGGGCACUGAAGGAGCCGAUAAGAAGUGCGCCCAUACAGUUCCAGGGGCAGAUGCCCCGAGCUCCGACAUUUUGAAAGUUUGGAACUCUAUGACAAGAUGGCUGUUGGCUACACCAUCUCCUUUUUCCAAAUUCAUGCAAUCUUUGCUGAGCCUUUCACUUCCUGUAGAAGGGAGUAGGGUCCCGACCUUGUGGCCGAUGCCUUUGCCGUUCCCUGAGAUGCUGGUCCGCAUGGGGCCUGAAUCUUCUGCCCUGCCUUUCCCUGUGAGGGCCCUGCAGAAGAUGCUGAACCUGGUGGUCGCGGCGCUGUCAUGGUUGCACAUGGGACGCCCUGCAAAGGCUCCUGCUGCUAUGGCUUUGCGUCAGCCUUUGUCAUCUCCACAGUGGGCGGUGGUGCGGCGCUUAGAGCGGCUGCUGCAUGAAGUGCAUCACACAAAGACAGUUGUGCCUUCUGACAUGGGAAGGAAUGCCGUCAAGGUGGAGGGCUUGGAUUUUUUGCUACGCGAGCUGCACGAAGCUGCAGCCCAGUUGCCAAGAGUUCCCUAUCAAGACCGUUCGGCGAAGACCGGACGCACUGAGUUGCUGGCCCCAGGGCAUGAGUUGUGUCCACCUGGAGAGGAGCUAGGCAUUUUUUCACAGUCAGCCCCUGUCCUUGCAAAGCCCGUGGACGCAAGUCGGCUCUCUUUUCCUGAGGACAUGCCUGAGUUUGACCCUACCGGCUUGUUUGGCAAACUACAUAGCGAUGUGUAUAGUGAUCCUGUCAGCUUGGCUAGAGAGCCGGGUGUGGAUGAGCAACCGCCCCCACGAGUGAGGGUACAAGCUAGCGAUGCUGAAGCUUUUGCACUUUUCAAGUUUCUAGACAAGCAUCAUAGGCUACGUCUCGUGCCAGCUUCUCAGGUCAGAAAAGAGCGUACCUGCGGGGCUUUCUCACUUGUGAAGGAUGAGCUGAAGGAUAGACUCAUCGUGGAUGCUAGGCCUGCAAACAGUUUGGAAUCUACACUGAAAAACUACUGUCAAAGUUUGGGAGCAGUAUCAGCGCUGCUGCAGCUUGAGCUUCUGCCGGGAAACCAGUUAGUGAUGAGUGGUACAGACCUGCGUGAUUUUUAUUACUGUUUUCGUGUGACCAAAGCUAGAGCUCGACGCAAUGCUUUCAGAUUUCCUCUUACUCGUGCUCAAGCCGCACAGUUUGCAUGUUUUCCUGCUGAAGGACCUGAAGACACAAUCUGGUAUCCUUGUCUUAAUACUAUGGCUAUGGGGGACAAUAAUGCGGUUGAGCUGGGUCAAGGAGCACAUGUGUUGUUGGGGCUUAGGGCUGGUAUUUUCAAACCUGAAGAAAUGUUGACUACACACAGCAGAGCACCUAGGGGACCUCUUGCGUGCGGUAUCAUCAUUGAUGACAUCAUCUUCGCAGAACAACUGGCAGUUGAUUUAGAUCUCACAGCUUUCACUGAUGGCGAGCGUAGAUUGUCUCUCAUGUGCGAGCAGUACCUGCAAGAAGGGCUAACAGCUCAUCCUGCCAAGACUUUUCAAAAGUCCACUCAUGCCCAGUUUUGGGGCGUUUCUGUGGAUGGCAAACGCGGCACUGUGCAGGCUUCUCCGAAGCGUUUGAUUCCCUUGAUAGAGCUGACCACUCGCACAGCGCGCAGUGGUGUCGCCACGGUGGGCCUGCUAGAGAUUUUGGCAGGAUCUUGGGUGUCUAUUUUUCAGUGCCGCAAGCGCCUGAUGUGCUUGUUGGAUGAGAUUUAUUUGGCCCAGCAGGGAAGGACCUCUGACACAGUGAUCAAGCUGUCCCCGACGCUGCAAGAUGAGUUGUGGCUGCUGGCCAUGCUUGGGCCGUUGGCAGUCACAAAUCUGCGGGCUCAGAGCGUUGGCAGAAUCUUCUUGUCUGACGCUUCAGAGCAGUUCAAGGCGACGGUAGUCGCCGAUGUUUCCCUGUGCUUUGCUCGAGAAUUACACAGGCAUGCUUUGGCCCGGGGCACUUGGAGCAAACUGCUCACGCCCUGGAAGCUUUGGUGUAAGAUGCAUGGUCAGCUUUUUGAAGAGGAGGAAUUGCCCGAUGGUGUCCCUUUGGUCAGCCACCCUAUUUGGUUGGCUUUGGCUCAAGCUUUGAGGUUUUCCCUUUUUCAGCGGAAAGAAGUGCGGCGGCGGCGGCAUAUCAACCUUUUGGAGUUGGAGUCCAUUUUGGAGGUGGAAGAACGGCUGGCAAGGAGCCAAGGUGACAUCAGAUAUCUACUGGGGUCUGAUUCCCAGGUGGCUUUAGCCGCCAUUUUGAAAGGCAGAUCCAGCUCUCCGAGAUUGAACAAAGUUCUGCAAAGAGGCCUUGCUACCGUGAUAGGUUCUGGGUUAUAUGGCAGCUAUGGCUAUGUCCCCUCUCGUGCAAAUGUCGGGGAUGACCCCACUCGGGGUGUUUCUGUGAGAUCUCCUGAAAGACCUGUCCCAGAAUGGUUGGCCUCGGCCUUGCUAGGUGACUUUGCGGCGAUGGAUGGCUGGCUGGCCGCCCAGGGGUAUGAUCCUCUGCAUUUGGCGAACUUGGACUUUCUGAAAGACAGUAGUGAUGGAGACGGUGUAGAUAGGCAUGCUCUAGAUAGUCAGCUUUUAGCCGAACUGCGAAGUGUACAGAAGCCGGGUAGGAUGCAGCGUUUUCUUAAUUCUAGCCUGCCAGAGGUAGGCCAAAAGCAGGAGAGUUUCACCCAGGACUCAAAAAUUAGGGACACUUGUACAGAUGCAACUGGUAGCAGCGCAGGUCGCGUAGGUGGUGCGGAAGGUAGAGUAGCUCCGGUCCCUUCCGGGUGUACAGAUCUGGUAGGUGUGGAUCAACAAAAAGAGAAGUCAAGAGGGCAUGAAAAGCCAUGCAAAGGCAAAAAAGAAAGUUGUAACAAGAGGCAUCAAGAUCCUAUAAGGACACCACCCACAAGUGGUGGAAACAAAGAGCCCGUCUCAGCUGUUGUUUCUUCUCAUUGUGAACGGGUAGCCCCUCCCGAAGAAGUAGGUAAAGUAGGAACAACUAGCUCGAAAGAGCUCCCCAAGGGGCGUCGGCUGCGGCGUGCCAUGGCCGAACAUUCAAAUUCUCCGCUGCUGAGUGCGGAUAGCAGAGAAGCCUUGCGGCUCCUGCCUGCCCACAUGGCCGAACAUUCAAAUUCUCCGCUACUGAGUGCGGAUAGCAGAGAAGCCUUGCGGCUCCUGCCUGCCCACAUGGCCGAACAUUCAGAUUCUCGGCUACUGAGUGCGGAUAGCAGAGAAGCCUUGCGGCUCCUGCCUGCCCGCAUGGCCGAACAUUCAAAUUCUCCGCUGCUGAGUGCGGAUAGCAGAGAAGCCUUGCGGCUCCUGCCUGCCCACAUGUUUUUGCUGCCCGGGGGCCGUCGUGCCCCUGAUGAGUGGGAUCCUUCCUGUUUGCAGAGACGGGGCGUCCUUGACCUCUACAGCGGUGACGCUGGAGUGGCACGUGCGCUGAGCAAAAAGUUUGGAGUGUGGGUUCUUACCGUGGACUUUGCCCAUGGACCUGAACAAGAUUUGUUGCAGCCUGAGCUACAAGCCCUACUUUGUCGUUUGGCGCGGAUGGAAACUUUUUUGGGGCUAGGUGCAGCUCCUGAGUGCUGCUCGUUCUCACGAGCAGUAACACCAGCGGUACGAAGUGCCGAAUACCCGCUGGGCAAACCUGGUAUCAGCCUCAAUAUGCAGAAAAAGGCAUUUUUUGUAGAGCUGGGGUUGGCGUAUUGGGUUGAGAACCCUGAUGAGUCUUUCCUUUGGAUGCUGCCUGCGUGGAUGGCUGCUGGCCUGGGACGUCAAGAGUCUUCUUUUCGUUUUGACAUGUGCCAGUACUCCACCCCUUGGCGAAAGCGCACCCGCAUCGCCACCAGCACUGCGCUGCGGGGUUUGCGUUGUCUUUGCCCUGGAGGUCAUAGCCAUUUGACUCCACGGGGUCGCAGCAGUGCUCAUGGCAUGUGUUGGACCCGAGUUGCGCAGAAGUACCCCAAAGAACUUUGCCUUGACUUGGCUUGGGCUAUGGCAGCUCAGAUGGGGCUCACUCCCAAGCAGCCGAAACUACAUGUAGCACACUGUGCAAAAUGUACCAAUGCCCGUGUGGGUGAAGCACAGAAUCCUGGCCCACGACAUGCAGCCCCGCGUGUAGCCCGAGAUGUUCAACAGCUGGAAGAGGUGCGGCUGGUGAAUAAACAGACUCAGGUUCUCCAGGACAGGGUUUGGGCUGAUUUUAAUAACUGGGUUUGUAGCGUAGUUAGCCUUGCAGCAGCAGAGCAGCUUUUUCUUUGCCCGCAACUAGCAGUGGACGUGUUGGUGAACUAUGGCAAGAGCCGUUUUGCGGCUGGAGCCCCAAUGUAUGAGUUCCGGCACCUUCUGGUCUUAGCUCAGCAGAGUCAAGCAGGUCUCCGGGCGCACAUGACUCCAGCCUGGCGCCUGCUGUCAAAAUGGGAGGCAGUACAGCCUUUGCAACAUCGCCAACCACUACCUGAAGUGCUUUUUCGCGCUAUGUUUGUGGUGGGAAUGCUAUGGGGAUGGCGGCGAUGGUCUGCUACUUUACUGCUGGGCUUCGAAGGCAUAGCGAGGAUUGGAGAAGUUCUCCGAGCUUCCCGCGCAGAUUUAGUCCUUCCCUGUGAUAGCUGCGAUAGUGUGACGGGGGUUGCUUUUCUGCGUGUUUUGAAGCCAAAGAGUUCCCGUAGGGGAAAAGGACGGAUCCAACACCUAAAGAUUGCCGAUGCCAAUGCAGUGUCCUUUCUGGAGCAUGUAUUUGGCCCUCUUGACUUCUCCUUGCAACUUUUUCCACUUUCUGCAGGUGUUUUUCGGCGACGUUGGGACAAGAUACUAGAAGCUUUGCUGGUCCCGAAGAGCAGGAGACCAACGCCUGCAAGUAUCCGUGGAGGUGGAGCCAUUUUAGCAUACAAACGUGGUGAGCCCAUUUCGGAUAUUUUGUGGCGGAUGCGUUUGGUGUCCCUGACCACGCUGGAGAGCUACCUUCAAGAGUUAGCUGCAGAUAGCCUACUGACACGUUUGCCUGAACGGAGCCGCUGCCGUAUUCGCAGCGCCGCUGCCCUUUUUGAUCUCCAACUGCGGUCACCUGGUUAACCUAUACUGUACAAGCUCGUACCUGAGGUGACGGCCCUUACGAAGAGUGGUGGGGAGAGGCCUCUUCUUUUGCCCUUUGCAGUGCUUUUUGUUUUCAUUGAGCUGGAGCUGCAAAGGACUUGUAGGCCUUCUCCAUAGGGAAUCGAUCCCAUACACUUGCCAAGGGCGAGCAGGUUGCAAAACGGAGUAGAGCUGAGGGCCAAUGCAUGACCUUUCAUGCAUUUCCCGGUGCUCAGCAAUUUGGGCCCAACCCGGCCCCCCCAAGGUGGGGAGAGGCCUCUUCUUUUGCCCUUUGCAGUGCUUUUUGUUUUCAUUGAGCUGGAGCUGCAAAGGACUUGUAGGCCUUCUCCAUAGGGAAUCGAUCCCAUACACUUGCCAAGGGCGAGCAGGUUGUAAAACGGAGUAGAGCUGAGGGCCAACGCAU